GUCAUGCAGGUGCCAUAGAGCUCUCUUUUCUCGUCUCUCUAACCACGAGUAAUUACGGUCUUGCGGGGGUUCUUCAACAAUACACGCAAUACACCUUGCGACCCUUGGCCACCGUCACCCCUAGACAAGUUGAAUUUAUUCGAGACGAGAGAUCUAUCUAUUCGGGCGCGUCACUCUUCUUGCCAGAAUGUCGUCGUCUUCUGGCACUCCGGAAUCUUGGAUUUCCUCCUUCUGCUCUCUCCUGGGCCACGAAUAUUUCGCAGAAGUGUCCGAAGAAUUUAUCGAAGAUGACUUCAACCUAACUGGAUUACAGACCCAGGUCGCGAUGUAUAAGGAAGCUCUGGAGAUGAUACUCGAUGUUGAACCCGAGGACGACGAUGAAGACGAUGAGGAAGAAGAUGAUGAAGAGGAUGAAUCUAUCGAAGGCGUUGACCGUCCGCGACACGGCGAACGACGCAAUCACAGUCGAAUAGCCAGUGAUUUGUCCGUUAUCGAAUCCUCCGCCGAGAUGCUCUACGGUCUAAUCCAUCAGCGCUUUAUCUGCUCGCGAGCAGGCAUUCAGCAAAUGUCGGAGAAGUAUGAGUUAGGUCACUUCGGCGUAUGUCCUCGAAGCCAUUGCGAACAGUCUCGGACUCUCCCUGUUGGGCUCUCUGAUAUACCUGGCGAGGAGACGGUCAAGCUUUUCUGUCCUUCUUGUCUCGAUGUCUACGUGCCCCCUAACAGCCGUUUCCAGACUGUGGAUGGUGCUUUUUUCGGCCGCACGUUUGGCGCACUUUUCCUACUCACUUUUCCCGAAUACGAUCUUACGAAACGGGGUGCUGAUGUACUAGCGAAUGCGCGCGUGAGCGAUGACGAUAAGGAGAUGCUUAAUGGCAUGUACACAUGCAAUAUUGCGCCUGGACUGGGCAGUAGCAAGAUAUACGAGCCCCGUAUCUACGGCUUCCGUGUGUCAGAGGUUGCGCGCUCAGGCCCACGGAUGCAGUGGCUACGAGAUAAACCGGAUAACAUCUCGGAAUUAGAUGAGGCGCGCCAUCAUGCAGAGACCAAUCCAGAUAGCGACGAUGAUGACGAGAGUAUGAACUUGAAUGGACGGCCCGUGCGAAGACUACGGCCGCGAAGACGACAUGGCCAAGGAGGAAGCCCCAUGGCUGUAGAGGCGAACGGGGCAGACUCGGAGCUCUAGGAGAGCAAGCCGAAUGGCAAAUGUGACUAGAGUAGUGGUGGAGGCAACCAUCUCCACUCGCCGAAAAGUCUAUAGAUGAAGCACAAAACACAGACCGAACUGGACACGC